CAGCAAAGGUGCAGGUGCAUCACUAAAUAUAUUUUUUAUAGUUAGUUUUUUUUAAAGCUCAAGUUACCAUGGGGCAGUGUGGAAUUACGUCAUCCAAAACCGUCUUGGUUUUUCUUAAUCUCAUAUUUUGGGCUGCAGCCGGUAUUUUGUGCUACAUUGGAGCCUAUGUGUUCAUCACAUAUGACGACUAUGACCACUUCUUUGAAGAUGUGUACACUUUGAUUCCUGCUAUCAUAAUAAUAGCCGUCGGGACUCUGCUCUUCAUCAUCGGCUUGAUUGGCUGCUGCGCAACAAUACGUGAAAGCUCCUGUGGUCUGGCAACUUUUGCUGCCAUUCUCCUGCUGGUAUUUGUAACAGAGUGUGUGGUGGUGGUGCUUGGCUACAUAUACAGGGCGAAGGUUGAAAAUCAGGUCAAUCACUCCAUCCAGAAGGUUUACAACGAAUACAACGGCACCAACACUGAUGCUCCCAGCCGUGCUAUUGACUAUGUGCAGAGGCAGCUUCACUGCUGCGGCAUUCAUAACUACUCUGACUGGAGGAACACACACUGGUUUAAAGAAUCUAAGAACAACAGCGUCCCGGUCAGCUGCUGUCUGCCCAGCAUCACUAACUGUACUGGCACUCUCACUCGACCAGCAGAUCUCUACCAAGAGGGUUGUGAAGCUCUCGUUGUGAAGAAGUUAAAGGAGAUCAUGAUGUAUGUCAUAUGGGCUUCACUCACUUUCGCAUCUAUACAGAUGCUGGGCAUGCUCUGUGCCUGCGUGGUGCUGUGCAGGAGGAGUCAUGACCCAGCGUACGAGCUGCUGGUCACCACCAACAGCUAUGCAUGAGCCAACCACGCACUCAAUAAAUCAACAGGAGCAUCACCGGACAUGUCCACAGUAGAUUUUAGCUGUAGUAGUUUAAGCUCAUACACACACUUCGCACAAUUCAUGAUAAAGUAGCCAACACUGAUGAUGUGGUUUGGGUGGGUGUGGCACUUCAAGGGGAAUCCAAUUAUUUAUCGACAUGCUUUGUAUGUUACUGUUACUUUAAAUGUUAUUUUUUCUCUCCUUACUAAUACUGACUACAUAAGCCAGAGUUUUAUAUGGCUAAUUGACACAAUUGAUGUUGUUGCAGAUUUAGUUUCAUUUUUAGUUGUGGCUUGAAAAAAUGUGGGCUUAUCCCCAUUGAAAAUGAUGUAAGUAAAUUUGAGCACAUUUGUUUAUUUCACUCAGUGUGGGAUUGUAUGGAAUUAUUUCAUUGUGUGCUGGAGCACUACAUACAUCUCAUAAUAGUAAUUGGAAAAUCUAUGCUAAAAAUAUAAUGUACACCUUUCCUAAGAAUUUAGUUUGACCAGACUUUGUGAAGUUGGAAAAUGUUUGUUUUUUACCAUGGCAUCAGACAGUGUUUUAUCUCAAUCUUAAAAUGUUGUUUGAAGAGCAGUUCUGCGUUAGUAUUCACAAAUAUUCAGUUUAUUAACAAUGUACUUUCUGUUUUGAUGUAUUGAAUAUUUUCUGAAUAAGACUUCAAUCACGAGGCAUUGCGAAUACAUGAAUUGUGAAUUAACCUUUUUUUCUCCAGUGCUAUUAGUAGGAGUAUUUUCGGUGUUACCUGAUGACUGUAUGAAUAGAUUGUUACAGAUAAUUCCUUCUUUUUAGUUUGUUAGACAUAAACCUGCUACAAAGAAUUAUGACACAUUUAUCUUCUACAUUUGUGUAUUGUGCACCUUUUAAAUAUUUUUGAGCGGUUAAUAAGUUGACCCCUUGGCUUAAUAUCUAGCUAGUGUCGCAGAACAAUCAUCAUACAAAUUGUGUAAAUACUGGAGGCUGGACGAGCCAGGGACAAAUAAACUCAUACAUUUCAACUU